CUUUUCCUGGAUGAUGCCAAAGUCAAGAACUUCAUCACCUGCUUCAAAGAUGUCCCUUUCCUGGUUUUCUUCUUCAAACACCUGGAGAGGAACCGGAGCGGGCGCUACGAGGCGGAAUUCCCGUUCCUCUCCGUCUGCGGGCGGGAGCGGAACUUCCUGCGUUGCGAUGAUCUCCCCGUGGUUUUCACCCAGAUCCUCUCGGGAUCCGAUGGGAAAAGGCUCCUCUCCUACUGCGGAGGAGGGGAACGUUUAGCUGUCCCUUUCCAGCCGGAAAACUUGGUGAUAUUCCCAGAGAACGGGAGGCUUUAUCACCCGGCGCCGGAAAAAGCGGGAAGGGUGGGAUUGGUGCGUUCGGCUUUGGCUUGGGAAUUCAGUCCUGGCUUCGAGUUUGGGGGGGGUCCCACUGAACCCCCCACCCAUUUCCUUUGGGAAGGGAGACGGUAUCAACUGACCCAGGAAUUGUUGCCUUUGCUCCGGGCUGGAAAAACGGGAUGUGCUGGGGAAUCUUCGGCUGUUCCCGUUCACCCCUUGAAGGGAUGA